AUGGCGGAACACGCGCCGUUGCGACAGAAACGCGUCGCCCCAGUGAUCAGUACCGGCAUCAAUGGACUCAUCGCAGCAUGCAACAGAAACGACCGCUUCAAGCUCCUAGAGGACAAUAGUAUCUUGUCCGGAAACUUAGAUAACUCGGUUCAUCCCACUUUCCGUUGGUUUGACAGUGAAGGGCCUAUGCGCCAAAUGCUCCAGCUAGCCUCCCAUUUUAUCAGCCAUGACACUCUCCUCACUUUCUUCGUACCGCUGUUGUAUGGACGCGAAUUAACCGGCAUCGUCGGCCAUGUAAGGAAGACCUAUCUCUCAGACCCUCUGGCGAGUGUGUCUGAAGAGAAACGCGGUCAAUAUCUGGCCAGAGUCCGUGAGGUUUUGCAUUGCAUCGGACAUAACAUCUCUUUCCAAUUCCGACCGCCUGCGAAGCGAGUAUAUGCCCGUACUGUGCGCGAUGCUGCAAAACCGAGCCAUCCCACGUCAUGUUGUCCGGCGUUCCAGCGCCGAUAUUCUUGUAAGUAUCAAACAGCAUCGCUAUGUGCGCAAUUUCGGCACGAUUUCCUCUUCGCUGCAACCCUUGUGCACGAGAUGGUCCAUGCUAUAGGUGUAUUGCGACGAGGCAAUUUGAACGAGCCACAUAUUCGAGCUGACUGUCCAGAAACGGAGUGGGGCUAUGGCUGGGAACAUUUCAUGUUUGGUAGCGUCAUUAACCCUCAGGACAAGACGACACCAGGCACGCACCUCCUCAUGCGCAAGAUUUGGGCAGACCAAACCUUGGCCGACAAGGCUGGAGGCAAGGAGUACUGCGAUGUUCCCAUGUCCUACGUAGCGCAAUGGUUUCGCAAAGAGACAUGGUGCAUUAUUGCGGAGCAAGGGCCAACUGCCAUCGCAGCCCCGACAACUCACUUUAAAAUCCAUUUGUCGAACCAAUAUGGAGCCUGGAUUGUGGCAAGCGAUCAUCCAGAGAUACAGAAUGACCUGGAAAUCCUGCACUCUCAGUGGAUGCGACAUGCUAGAGGAUCAGGUUCGCAGUCAGGUUCGCCACCACCACCGGCCGCUCGUUUGUGGUCUUCCAAGAUUCUCUGGAAGCCUACAAACACAGCACAAUUGCAAAGAGAUAACGUGCCUGUUCCGCUACGCCCAUCACCAAAAUCUCAAACUGGUUCGAUUCGUGUGCAUAAACGUACUCAGACCACGCAAGCGUGCUACAAGUCGAUGAAGGCACUACUUGAAGUCAAACGAGAAUCAGUUGAUUUCUGCCGCUCAACCAUUUCCAAUAGCUACUGCAUGUCUCGAAAACGCCGUGCAAAAUCACGGGAGGAAUGUACCCGCGUGAACAAAGCCAGAAAGUGA